AUGGCGGGGGGCCGAGGUGGACUGAAGCGCUGGAAGAAAACAGGGCUCCCCGGAUUGUGCUGCUACUUUCCCAUCCUCUUCUGGGUGGUUUCUGUGUGCGGAGAGGAGAAGACUUUUAUUGUUGAGACUUGGUUAAAGACUUAUGGGUACCUGCUGCCCCACGACGUGCGCACUUCAGACCUGCGGCAGGAGAAGUCCAUGCAGUCUGCGGUGGCGGCCAUGCAGCGCUUCUACGGGAUUCCAGUGACCGGGAUCCUGGACGAGAGAACUAUAGAGUGGAUGAGGAGGCCGCGCUGUGGAGUACCCGACCACCCCCAUCAGAGCCGCAAACAGAGGAAUAAACGCUACGCUCUGACGGGACAGAAAUGGAGGGACAAGAAGAUCUCAUACAGCAUAUCAAACUUCACCCCUAAAGUCGGGGAGAAGGACACGCAGAGAGCCAUCCGACAGGCCUUCAACGUGUGGCAGGCCGUCACGCCACUCUCCUUCCAGGAAGUGCCCUAUUCAGAGAUCAAAAACGAGGGCAAAGAAGCCGACAUCAUGAUCUUCUUUGCCUCGGGUUUCCAUGGUGACAGCUCUCCGUUCGACGGCGAGGGGGGAUUCUUGGCUCACGCCUACUUCCCCGGCGCUGGAAUCGGAGGAGACACACACUUUGACUCAGACGAGCCCUGGACUCUGGGGAACGCCAACCACGACGGUAAUGAUUUGUUCCUGGUGGCUGUUCAUGAGCUGGGUCAUGCGUUGGGUCUGGAGCACUCCAACGACCCCAGCGCCAUCAUGGCUCCGUUCUACCAGUAUAUGGACACACACAACUUCAAACUGCCUUUGGAUGACCUACAGGGCAUUCAGAAAAUCUACGGUGUGCCCACAGCCAUGCUCGAGCCCACCCGCCCUUUGCCCACCUUACCCUCUCGUCGCACCCACUCCACGUCCGAGAGGAAACACUCCCGUCCCGCCCGCCCCCCCGGUGACCGCCCCGCGCUGCCCGGCAACGGAAAACCAAACAUCUGCGACGGCAACUUCAACACUGUGGCCUUUUUCAGACGAGAAAUGUUUGUGUUCAAGGACCGGUGGUUUUGGCGUCUACGAAACAACAAGGUGCAGGAGGGUUACCCGAUGCAGAUUGACCAGUUCUGGAAGGGUCUCCCCCCUCGUAUCGACGCUGCCUACGAGAGAUCAGACGGGAAAUUUGUCUUUUUUAAAGGUGAUAAGUAUUGGGUUUUUAAGGAGGUUACAGCUGAGCCGGGCUACCCCCACAGCCUGGUGGAGCUGGGCAGCUGCCUCCCUAAAGACGGCAUCGAUACGGCGCUGCGGUGGGAACCUGUGGGUAAAACGUACUUCUUCAAAGGAGACCAGUACUGGCGCUACAACGAGGAAAAGAAGACUGCAGACCCAGGCUACCCCAAACCGAUCACAGUGUGGAAAGGGAUCCCCAGCUCACCACAAGGAGCCUUUAUCAGCAAAGAAGGAUACUACACCUACUUCUACAAGGGCAAAGACUACUGGAAGUUUGACAACCAGAAGCUCACAGUGGACCCCGGAUACCCCAAGUCCAUUUUACGCGACUGGAUGGGCUGCGACCAGUCGGACAUUGAGCGUUUGGGCGGCAGCGGAAACCGUGGAGACCGUCAGCUGCCUCUGGACGACGUGGACAUCAUGGUCACCAUCAACGACGUCCCGACCACCGUCAAUGCCAUCGCCGUGGUGAUUCCCUGCAUCCUGUCUCUGUGCAUCUUGGUCUUGGUUUACACCAUUUUUCAAUUCAAAAACAAAGGAGUCCAACAGAACACGAUGACGCAGCAGUACUACAAAUACCCCGUGCAGGAGUGGGUAUGACACGCUCCG